GAGACAUGAACAAGCAGAUACUCAGCGUGAGCUUGUGCUGCUGUUCUCACUGCUCUCCCGUGUUAACCGCACACUGUGUGAUUUAAGCACAUCACCAAAUGACUGAAAAAAAACCCACAAAAAAUCGUUUGUCACAUGCUUAGACCGUGUGAGGCACGACUGGCUGUCACAAUGAGACAAGAAGGGGGUCUGAUUGUUUUAUUGAUUUCUUCAAUGUUAUUUUUACAAGGAUGUUGAAAAUAAUGUAACAUAAAAUACACCAUCUCUGAUCUCUCCUGGAUUGGAAAUGUAACACAGAUCAUGUGACUGGGUACCACGCGGCAAGCCUGUAUCCAGAAGCAGCUCUUUUCUCCUGGUCCUGACACCUGUCGCACACUCUGAUUGGCUGUCGGUUGGAGUCUUAUUUGCAUAACAAGUACUGCUGCUCCACGUGACCUGGUUAAGGUGUAAGAGACCGGCACCGAUAUAACAUCAUCCCCCCUGGGAUGCAGGAAUGUUAUGCUUCUAUACAUGGACAUUGGGGAUGAGAUGCUCAGCUCAUACCAAUGGCUAGUGAAAUAAAUAAUGAGGAAAUACCUGCAAAUCUCCAACCUGGGGACUUGAUUGAGAUAUUUCGACCAGCUUAUCAGCACUGGGCCCUUUAUCUUGGAGAUGGUUAUGUAAUAAAUGUUGCUCCACUAGAGGAGACAACCGCUGCUUCUUUCUCAAGUGCCAAGUCUGUCUUCAGCAGGAAGGCCCUCGUCAAAAUGCAGCUCUUAAAGGAUGUGGUUGGAAAUGAUACUUACAAAGUCAACAAUAAAUAUGAUGAUAAAUAUAGCCCUCUACCUGCAGAGGAAAUCAUCCAGCGGGCAGAAAUUCUCAUUGGCCAAGAAGUAUGCUAUGAUAUAUUAGGAAAUAACUGUGAACAUUUUGUUACACUGCUUCGCUAUGGGGAAGGUGUUUCUGAACAGGCCAAUAAAGCAAUCAGUGCUAUUGGUUUUGUUACGGCCGCAGCUGGAGCAUUCUCACUUCUUGGUAUAUUUCCAAACAAAUCCAGACACGGACAUUAAAAUCACUGAACAAGUUUAUCACAUUAAUUUUUGGAAUUAAAAAAGGGAAUUUUAGCAAAAUGCUUUUAACUGAGUGAAAAUGUGGUUUCUAUUCAGAAUAUGGUAAACUUUAUAACUAAGAUGGGAUUUUAUAAGAUCCACUGUGGGAUUGUAAGUGUGCUAUUUAUGUAGAGUGCAACUAUAUCUCACAAUGAAAUGGAACUUUGUCAAGUAAUAUAAAAAUGAAUGUAUACCACAACA